ACACACACAUAGUCUGCGUGAAUCGAUCGUUUCUGGGGAGCCCCGGUUGCCAUGGCUCGCGUAACCUUUUCUUUCUAGACUGGGAAAACUUUGUUAAAUCGAUCCGCGACUUUAUUAGAUCUAUCCCGUUAUUAACCGUUAACAUUUCGCUUUAGUCUUUCAAACAAUAAGAGCCCGUCCUGACCGUGGAAUUCAGAGUCUCCGCGUUGAAAUUCUUAGUCGCAUAUUAGUCGGUUAUUGACAUCUGGUCUAUUUCCUUUUUGUUUUUUAAAUUCCUUUCAAAUUAAAAAUUGAAGCUCAUUAUUUAUCGUCAUGGAUUACGAAGAAGAUCAACUGAUUGAACAGACUCGACUCUGUCAACUGGAAGAAUUGGCUUCUGACAGAUGGUUGUUGCAUCAUCAAGCCGUGGUCCAGUUAUCGCUCAAGGCCGUCUCCCAGACUGCUCAGCUCCGUGAAGAAACCGUCUACGCCAAACUAAUGGAAGCAGAGAAAGUUUCCCUGCUGGUCUACGAUGCCAUCCUGAUCGAAAUAUGGAGGGAGGAGAUCCUGCCUCACUUGCUCAAGACCGAGUCUUCCCUUUCACCUUUAAUGAUUUACUCGGUGCUGUACCACGAAGGAGCCGUCAUUAGCUUGCUGGAGCUAUUGCUGUACCAUUCGGCGGCCUGCGAAGCCCUGGGCGACUCAAUCGUCGAUUUACUCGACUAUUGCCAUCGCACGCUCUUGCGUUCAGCAGCAGCUUCGGCGUCGUCGAGGAACCACCCGUCCUUGGCCGACAGCCCAAUCCUCAAGCACCUGGACGUCAGCCACUUGGAGGCCAACAUCGCCAUCCGCUGCAUCGCCAUUCUACGCUUUCUCGCCGGUCACGCAGACAAUUUGUCCGAAAUCGUUACAUCCCGGAUGCUAACGACGACGGACGUGCCGCUGUUGGCGGUCCAGCUACUGAUGGACCAGCAACCGUGGAUCCGGCGGGUCAGACGCCAAAGCGACGGUGAUGAUAAAAGCGGAAGCCGGAACGACGACGACGAAAUGUUGGAAAUCUACGACAACGGUCAAUGGCGUCGCUGCUCUCACGACGAAGCAUCCGGCUCAAGCGGUGGCCAGAUCCAUCCAGUCGCUGCCCACCUAUGGCUCCUCCUAUUGUCCCUCCUGAUGAGUCCCGUGGCCCCACGCAAAUACGACCUCAACGACUUCCGGUGCCAGCAGUUACUCAAAUUGCGCUCCAGUUUGAAUCCGUACGUCAUCGAUCAAAUUCCUCCGCUGGCUGAGUUUGAACAAUGGCUGGUCCAACUCUCGAUUGUCGGUGCCCAUCAAGUUUGGCGUCAUUCCGGUUCCAGCCUGCAGAAGCCUUUCAUCCUGGAACUAGUGGCCGAAAUGAGACAGCUCAUGCUCAAGCAACUGGCCGCCGAAUGGACUGCCAUCCUGGAUGGCCAACGACAGUUUCUCAGCGACGAAUCACCCGAAACUAUCCAUCGGUUGGCGGCCAUUUACGAUCCGGAACACCUGGAAGCCACCUUCGACCAUUGCACAAGUCGUCAUACAACAACAACCGAGCCAACAACAACAACAUCAGCAGCAGCAGCAGGACGACAGACGAAUAUUGCCGGCAGUAGUACGUGCACUUUGUGCGCCAAACCGGCCCUCCAUCGCUGCUCACGCUGCCGCCGUCAGCAUUAUUGCAGCAAGGAAUGCCAAGUAGCGGAUUGGCCGAACCACAAAUCGGAUUGCAAGCCGGCGCUGAAACCCCUGACUCGACGGGAUGGAGGCCACCUCAACCUUCUACUCCAGCAGCAGCACUGACACAUCAUCGCAUUAACUUCCAGCAGGCUGCUAUCUAGUAGUGUAAACCGCGGAUUUCUUUAUUGCAAUAUAUAGAGAGAAGCCGAAAUAUAUUUAAGAGUCAAGGGUG